CAUAACCCAUAGGACAUAAUUCCCAUGUCCAGGCUUCAGAGUGUGAAAAAGAGAUGGGUGUAAAUCAAUAUAUCUGGAAUGGAUUAACAUGUUUAAGGAAAAAUCCUAAAAUGACAAGUACUGGGGAUGAUAUAUUAAAGAUCAGGAUAUAUUAAAGAUCAGGAAAUACAUCAUAAGUCUUUACAAACUGUAUAAUGUGAGAAUUUGACAGAUUACCUUAACUGUGACUGGGUUGAUGUGUACAGUUUAAUAAACAAUGUAACUCACCCAUAAACUUCGUUUACAUUUGACUCUGAAAAUACUCUUAUUUUGCCUUAUUCCUCAUAUCUUUGGUGUAGAAUGUUAUUCAAGUGUAGAAUAGAAUAUCAUUUGCUUGCAGUACACGAGGAACUGUACUGUGCUCUCACUGCACCAGCCUGACAGAGCAGACAUCCAACUCAAUAAGCUCUAACAUAAUUAAAACUGAGCAAUCGCUCUCAGCAUUGAAACUGAGACAGGUUGCAAGGAAGUGUAAUGGUCAAUGCCAUGUGCAUCUCGUUUUAGGCCAGGUAGCUUAGAAGGUAGAAGAAUACAAGAAUACAAAAGUAGUAGUACAAAACUGAGAAAACACUCGGUUGUAUUGUGGUCAGUUGAUAUAAGCUUCGACAGGGUUUGCCCUAGAGUGGUGUCAUGUCGCAUUCUGUAUCAGGCAUCUCAAGGGACCACCUCCUUUAGGCACCCGCGUAUAAAACGGGUGACGUGCCGCUACCGGACACUGAGCUCAGAUUCGUCUCAUAUACUCGCACGCACGCUCACACGCGCCGUUGCCGCGCUUCAUGGAUGCUUCAGCACUUUAGCAUCCUCUGCCCUGCCCAGUUCAGCGGAAUUAACCCAACGGUACGGAACGGAAAGAAAAAGCAUCUCCUUCUCACUUCACAUCAGUGAGACUGAGCAGGCAGACAUGGCUAACAGAGGACCCAGCUACGGGCUGAGCAGGGAGGUGCAGGAGAAGAUUGAUCAGAAGUACGACCAGGACCUUGAGGCCAGGCUGCUGGACUGGAUUGUAGCCCAGUGUGGAGGGAACAUGGAGCGGCCACAGCCUGGAAAGCAGAGUUUUCAGACCUGGCUCAUGGAUGGAACUAUCCUUUGUAGGCUCAUCAACAGUCUUUACCCAAGGGGUAAGGAGCCCAUAAAGAAGAUUCCAGAGACCCAGAUGGCCUUCAAGCAGAUGGAGAAAAUCUCCCAGUUCCUUCAAGCAGCCGAGGCCUACGGUGUCAAUACAACAGACAUUUUCCAGACUGUGGACCUCUGGGAAGGGAAAGACAUGGCUGCUGUUCAGCGAACCCUGAUGGCUCUGGGCAAUGUUGCUGUCACCAAGGACGACGGGCAUUACCGUGGUGACCGUGACUGGUUCCACAGGAAAGCCCAGGGGAAUCGGAGGGAGUUUUCUGAGGAACAGCUUCGGCAGGGCCAGAGUUUGAUUGGCUUGCAGAUGGGCAGCAACCGUGGGGCCUCCCAGUCUGGUAUGACAGGCUACGGCAUGCACCGGCAGAUCAUGUAGGAUCAGCUCCCGCUGGAUAAGGAUGCCAGCCUGUGCUCCCCCCCUACCGCGACAAAGCCAAACACCUCCAUGCUUCUCGAAGCUUAAUCGAUGGAUUCCACUGUUUCUUUGCUGUUUCUUCCUAUACAAAACAGUUCCCCAUUCUCCCUAAUCUCUUCCUAAAUCCCAUAGACCUCGACUGCUUAAUGCUUAUUCCCUAUUCUCGAGUGACCCUACCUCAUGGGCCUGUCUUACAUCCUGCCAUAUGGCUCAGCUAGUGGUGCCUGACAGAAAAAAGCAACUUGAAUUCAGAAUAUCGGUACACAAGCUAAAUUGUACUUUACACAUGGUCUAUACAUCACAGCAGAAAUGCAUUAGGAUGGCAUGUUUUAUCAUUUAUUUUAUUUUUUUUACAGAAAAUGUGUUGUGUCAUAGUUUAUUGCUUUGGUUGGGUUCACUACGAGGACUCGAGGAGUGUAGCUGUUCAUGCUUUCACUUUUACUUCAAAGUGACUCGAUGAAGGGUUGUGCCUCUACUGUCUAGUCCGACAACUUGUUGCAGUACCUGCUGUAACCAAAUCAACAUCACAUUGUGCCUGGUUCACAAAACAAGAUGUCAUUUAUUGUAAGUGACUUAAGUAACUAUUUCCUGUUCCGUACAGUACUGGCCUUCAAACGAGGAUACUCAUGAGUUGUGUUAAUUCUGUGGUAUGCCCUUUAACUUGCGUUCUGUUUUUGUUAAAUCUGUGUUCAUGUAUGUUUUGAGCUCAGGCCACUUAAUGAUUGUGUAAUAGCCGCCACAUAUGAAAGAGAGGCUCUGAUUAUUUGGUUACUUGUUAAUACCAGGAUAGUGCUUGAAUAAAAGUGUUUUUUAAUGUUCUGUCAAGUUUACAUUAUUUAAUAUGUUUAUAUAUAAAGGCUUGUGUGUAGAGGAUAUUGACAAAUAAA